GCUGUUACUAUUACUAUUACUACAUCAAAUAAAAUGAUGUGAAGUGAAGUGGACUUUCUUAGCAAUGUAGAAUAGGCCGGCGGUGUUGCAAGCAGUGGCUUACAUCUGGCAAUCAUUCAUGUAAUCAUCACCAUGUGAUCUCAUCCUCAUCCUCCACUAUAAAUAUGCAACCAAACCAACCUUUGCUUCUUCCAAGUUCAAGCUCUGAUAGAAUUCGACAGUUGAAAAAUCAGUUUAGUUUCCAUUUUGCGUCUGCUAAGUUAGUUAUAUAGUUAGUGCUGAAAAUGCGUGAGAUUCUUCACAUUCAAGGAGGACAGUGUGGAAACCAAAUAGGAACAAAGUUCUGGGAAGUGGUAUGCGAAGAACACGGGAUUGACCCUGUAGGACAAUACAUAGGGAACUCUCAACUUCAACUCGAAAGAGUGAAUGUUUAUUACAAUGAGGGAUCCUCUGGUCGUUACGUGCCACGGGCGGUGCUCAUGGACCUUGAGCCAGGCACCAUGGAUGCUGUCCGGACCGGUCCUUACGGGCAGAUUUUUCGGCCAGAUAACUUUGUAUUCGGACAGUCUGGUGCUGGAAACAAUUUCGCCAAGGGACAUUACACCGAGGGUGCUGAGCUCAUUGACUCUGUCCUUGAUGUAGUAAGGAAGGAGGUUGAGAAUUGUGAUUGCUUGCAAGGAUUUCAAGUGUGCCACUCUUUGGGAGGAGGAACAGGUUCUGGAAUGGGAACUCUGCUGAUUUCAAAGAUCAGAGAGGAAUACCCUGACCGAAUGAUGCUCACUUUCUCUGUCUUUCCAUCACCAAAGGUGUCAGACACUGUUGUUGAGCCUUACAAUGCAACACUUUCUGUUCACCAAUUGGUCGAAAACUCUGAUGAAUGUAUGGUCCUUGAUAAUGAAGCACUCUAUGAUAUCUGCUUCAGAACUCUCAAACUCACCACACCAAGCUAUUUAUUUCCAGUUGGAGAUUUGAAUCAUUUGAUAUCAGCUACAAUGAGUGGAGUGACUUGCUGCUUAAGAUUCCCGGGUCAGCUGAAUUCAGACUUGCGGAAGCUAGCAGUAAACUUGAUCCCGUUUCCACGACUUCAUUUCUUCAUGGUGGGUUUUGCUCCUCUGACAUCUCGAGGAUCGCAGAACUACCGAGCAUUAACUGUGCCAGAACUUACACAACAAAUGUGGGAUGCCAAGAACAUGAUGUGUGCAGCAGAUCCACGCCAUGGCCGUUAUUUAACAGCCUCGGCGGUGUUCAGAGGGAAAAUGAGCACAAAAGAAGUGGAUGAACAGGUGUUGAAUGUGCAGAACAAAAACUCUUCUUAUUUUGUUGAAUGGAUUCCCAAUAAUGUGAAGUCAAGCGUCUGUGAUGUACCGCCGAGAGGCCUUUCCAUGGCUUCCACUUUUGUUGGCAAUUCGACUUCUAUACAGGAAAUGUUUAGGAGAGUGAGUGAACAAUUCUCUGCCAUGUUCAGAAGGAAAGCCUUCUUGCAUUGGUAUACUGGAGAAGGAAUGGACGAAAUGGAAUUUACUGAAGCGGAAAGCAAUAUGAAUGACCUUGUUGCUGAAUAUCAGCAAUACCAAGAUGCCCCGGUCGAAGAAGAUGCUGAAGAUUACCUAGAAGAAGAGGAUGCUCAAAACUGAAGAUGUUCUACAAGUUUGAUGCUUCACAUACUGCAAGCAAUGUUUUCGUAGACAUUAACAUAUUUGUUCUUUGAUUAUCAAAAAAUAUGUACUCGAGUUCUUUGGUUUUCAAAAUGUAUGGUCAUGUUUGCGGUUUGCUGUUGCUGGCAAUUCUACUUGUUUUUAUAUACAUUUUUAUACAGUUCAAUAA